AUGUCAGAAAAAAGACAACCUAUCCCUAAACAUAUUAAAGAAAAAUAUAAAACAUCACCUUUUACAGUUAUUAAAACACAACUUAAACCACCACCACCAGCAAUUGAAAUUUUGCUUAUAGAAGAAGAUCCAAAAUCUAAUAAACCUUUUGUUUUUAAAAUAAUAGUAUAUAAUCAAAUAUUUGCUUUUAUAUUAAUUGGUGAUACAAUAUUAGAUAAAAAACUUGCCAAUGCUAAAAAAGGAGUUUAUACUUAUAAAAUUCGAGGAUAA